AGACUAAUUCUAGGCUAACUUUGUCAAUCCAAGAACACGUGCAGUACUGGUUUUUAUAAAUCGGGGUAUUAUUUUUUGGGUACACUUGCAAAAUGUAUCAAUUCAGGAAGAAAUUCAGACGCUCAAAUGACUUCUUUUACAAUAACGUGGAGAGGAAAGGAAACACACAAAAAGAUGAUGCGAAUAGCAGUGUGUCACAUGAAUCUCAAUUUUUUGAACAAGAAAAUGAAUUUGUGGAUUUGAAUGAACAAAGUGAAGAUAUUGCUGAAAAUUAUGACAAGCACCAAGAGUUAACCACCAAAACACAGAGUCAUUUGUCACCCACUGGCCACUAUACUGGGCUAUUGUUACAGUUUGACUUUGCAUCAAAUGUAUCACGUCAGCAAUCGUUUGUUGUUCAUGAUUAUAAUGCAAACAAAAGAACAAUUAUGCAUAAUUCAUUUGUAUUUGUUCAUCGAUAUCCCCACCUAUUGCUUGAUGGCUACGGUCGGAUAUUGUGCUGCUCAUGUGAUGCAAAUAGAAAGCAAUUUGUUGAAGCCCUACCUAGUAAUAUACAAUUAGAUCCUCAAAAAGAUAUACCAUAUCCCAGUUGCAUACACAUAUUAGCAAUGGAAAAAUAUCUGGUUGUGUAUGAUAGAAAGUUUGGUAUUGAAGCCAAAGAUUUUAUUGAAAAAAGUAAGUGUUGUGUGAACAUUACUCUUUCAGGAUAUAAGGUGUCUGAACAGCUUCACCAAAUUUUGACUUACACUUACAUACUAUUUGUUUGAAGACCCUUGUCAAAGAUGUGAGAACUUAUUGCAUAUUAAUCUGACAUUGCAUGAAGUGAAUGUCUCAAAUUUGUAUUUGGCUUAUUUUUUCAAUGUAAAGUUCUUCAUGUGGUAUGGGAGGAAAUGUCUUCAUCCUUAAAUAUCAGUUUAUUGUACCUUUCAAACCCUUGUGAAGUCAUCCUUCUAUGUUUUUACAAGACCCUUGUUCGACAUUGUUCUUAUUACAUGUGGACGUUAACCAGCACAGCUUUACAAGCAAAAAUAUUGUUAAAACUUCAACGAGGGAAUUAUGUUGUUGACAAUAGGAAGACACAGCAGGGAGAUUGUGCCUAAGUCACUAGACCCAAGAAGAAGCAUGGCACUUUGAUCCCUGGAAUAUUUUGUAUUCUUUGUCCCCACGGUAUAUGUUAUGGAUUCGAAAUAAUGAGGGAUCACGAAUCACCAAAUAUCCCAUUUACCAUUUUACGAACACGUUUUCCUGAUGCGCCAGAGUUGGUCAUUUACGAUAAUGCCUGCAGAUUGCACGAGUAUUGUUUGAACCGAGAUCCAGCAUUUUUUAAGAAAACAAAAUUUGUUGUUGAUAAGUUUCAUUGGAAAAAUCAUUCAGGAUGCUGCGAAGGAUAUAACAUGAAAUUGUACCCCAUGCUCAAUAUGUACAAUAGCCAAGCUGCUGAACAGUGCAAUUCGUGUAUUAAGCCUCCAUGGUUUCUUACAUGGAAUACGAUAACUUUUUUCUUUUUACAAAACUUCAUAUUUGGCACAGGAAUAUGUUACGCAUUGUUAAAUACAAUCCUGAGAGAGAAAUAGCCUACAAACACUAUUUUCUCACUCUUAGUCGCGUUAUUCAUUAGUAACGCGUUAUAGUUUCGUUUUUCGAAAAAUUUAAACUUGUUUUUAUGAAUAGUUUUAUCUGUACAAAAUGUUACUUCAUAGUUACCCAUAUAGUUUCUGCAAAAGUAACAAUUAUAUGUAACGUCGUUACUUGUAAAAAAAAUAUUUACAUCACUUGUUAUAAA